UUAACUCAGGACAUUUCCAGUUUCUUGCUCCACUGCGCACAUUUUUUAUUACGUCGGUGAUUUAUUUUUAGACAGCCUCCCAGGAUAUAGUUAUAUAAUAUUCCUGUUUAACGAUAAUCAUGCGUGAAAUAGUACAUUUGCAAGCUGGACAAUGUGGAAACCAAAUUGGUGCCAAGUUCUGGGAGGUAAUCAGUGAUGAACACGGAAUUGACCCAACUGGAACCUACCAUGGAGAUAGUGAUUUACAGCUGGAAAGAAUAAAUGUUUAUUAUAAUGAAGCAACUGGAGGAAAAUAUGUCCCAAGAGCUAUUUUAGUCGAUUUAGAACCCGGAACCAUGGAUUCUGUUCGAUCUGGCCCAUUCGGUCAAAUUUUCAGACCAGACAACUUUGUGUUUGGACAAAGUGGAGCUGGUAAUAAUUGGGCGAAGGGUCAUUACACUGAAGGAGCUGAACUUGUUGAUUCAGUUCUUGAUGUUGUAAGGAAGGAAGCGGAAAGCUGUGAUUGUUUGCAGGGAUUCCAACUAACACAUUCACUUGGUGGUGGAACAGGUUCCGGGAUGGGAACUUUGCUUAUUAGUAAAAUUAGAGAAGAAUAUCCGGAUAGAAUUAUGAACACCUUCAGCGUUGUUCCUUCGCCAAAAGUUUCCGACACCGUUGUUGAACCGUACAACGCAACUUUGUCCGUUCAUCAACUUGUUGAAAACACGGAUGAAACUUAUUGUAUUGAUAACGAGGCUCUUUAUGACAUUUGCUUCCGUACAUUAAAAUUAACAACACCAACAUAUGGUGACUUGAACCACUUGGUAUCCGCAACUAUGAGUGGAGUCACAACUUGUUUGAGAUUCCCAGGUCAACUUAACGCUGAUCUUCGCAAACUUGCGGUUAACAUGGUUCCCUUCCCUCGUCUCCACUUCUUCAUGCCCGGGUUCGCUCCUUUGACGAGUCGUGGAAGUCAACAAUAUCGAGCGUUGACCGUUCCUGAACUAACGCAGCAGAUGUUCGAUGCCAAGAACAUGAUGGCUGCGUGUGAUCCUCGUCAUGGUCGAUACCUCACCGUGGCAACAAUGUUCCGUGGGAGAAUGUCCAUGAAGGAAGUCGAUGAACAAAUGUUGAAUGUUCAAAAUAAAAACAGUUCCUACUUCGUUGAGUGGAUUCCAAACAACGUGAAAACCGCUGUUUGUGAUAUUCCUCCACGUGGUUUGAAGAUGGCGGCAACAUUUGUUGGAAACAGCACAGCUAUCCAAGAAUUGUUCAAACGUAUUUCUGAGCAAUUUACUGCCAUGUUCCGAAGAAAGGCUUUCUUGCAUUGGUACACUGGUGAAGGUAUGGAUGAGAUGGAAUUCACUGAAGCUGAAAGCAACAUGAAUGAUCUUGUGAGCGAAUAUCAACAAUACCAAGAUGCUACAGCUGAGGAGGAAGGAGAGUUUGAUGAAGAGGAAGGAGAAGAUGAAGAAGCCUAAAUGUCAUCAAAGAUUUUUAAAAUUUUCACAUAAUUUGCAGUAAAAUAUUUUUCAUUAAGUAAACAGGAAAAUAAAGUUUGGGAGAAACGAGA